AUGUUGCGAUCAUCGCUCCGGUCAGCGAGGGCCUUGAGGGGCGCGCCCGCUGCGGCUGCUGCUGGGCGUCAAUGGCCUGUUGCACCGUCGCGACGAGCUGGCUUGCUCGGAGCGAGAUGGCACGCAGACGAUAAGAAACCGAGCUCCGGCAACGUGCCCAAACCUCCCGUCUUACCAGCUUCCGAAACUCUGAGCUCCGAGCAGAGCCCUCCUCCAUCCGCUGAUGAAAUUGCCAAGUCAAGACUGGCCGAAAUCAGGGAAGCUCCAUUGACGCCGCCGCCGCCGCCGCCGCCGCCCCCCCCUCCUGUGUCUGCAACCAGGAACUUUGCGCCGCAACCGUCCGCCCCCAGGCCAAGGAAAAAGACCUUUUUUCAACGCUUAAGGAGCUUCGUCUUCACCUUGAUGGUGCUUGGCGCCGUUGGCUUCGCCGGGGGCGUGUGGUACUCUCGAAUCAAUGACAACUUUCACGACUUCUUCACAGAAUACAUUCCUUUCGGAGAGCAGGCUGUGCUGUACCUGGAGGAACUCGAGUUCAAGAAGAAGUACCCCAAUCUUAUUGUCGGCCACGAGUCCCGACCCAAAGAGACUGGCGCCCAGGUCAAGAUUCCAGCCCACAGCGGUGCCUCGUGGAGAGUAGCCGAUGUCAACGAGCCUUCUUCCGGUCGCCGCUCCAGCGCCUCCCCCGGCAGCAACAAAUCAGACGUGAAGUUGGCCGAAAAGAAGGACGUCGCCGACAAGGUCGCGGCCGAUCCGACUGCUGCAUCAAGCGUUGCCGCCGAAAAGGCAACCCCCCCCGCUGCAUCUGAGCAGCCGGCUUCUCCCGGCAAAGGUUUCAAAGCUCCCGAGGUCAAUGAACCUUCCAGGUUUCCUCCCAUCGAGCCCAUCGACCUGAUGAAGCUCCCCGACGCCAAGGACCCCAUCGUGCGAGACCUUGUGCACAUGCUCAACGACCUGAUUCUUGUUGUCAAUGCCGACGGUGCUCACGGACGCUACUCCACCACCAUAGCCAAGGCCAAGAACGAAAUAACCAGGAUCGGCAACCGUCUCCAGGAUAUGAAGAGUGCGGUAGAAAAGAAGGCCGCUGGCCAGGUCAAGUCCUCCGUGGAGGAGUUUGACAAGGCCGCCACGGAACUCGUCAAGCGAGUUGAGAACACCAUGCUGGCCCAGGAGAUGGAAUGGCGGCGCGAAUUCGAGGAAGAGAUGAAGUCGGUGCGCAGCAGCUACGACGAGCGGGUGAAGCUCUUGUUGGAGCGGGAGAAGAAGCUCAACGAGGAGAAGCUGCAGACCCGGCUGCUGGAGCAGGCUUUGGCCCUCAAGAGGGAGUUUGUGCAGGAGGUCAGGGAGCGCGUGGAGAAGGAGCGCGAGGGCCGCCUCGGCAAGCUGUCUGAGCUGACAUCUGCUGUCUCCGACCUGGAGAAGCUCACCGUCGGCUGGAACGACGUUGUAGAUGGCAAUCUCAGGACGCAGCAGCUCCACGUUGCCGUCGAGGCGGUCCGCGCCAGCCUGGAAAACGCCACUCAGCCCAAGCCCUUUGUUCGCGAGUUGGUGGCGCUCAAGGAGAUUGCCAGCGAGGAUCCCGUGGUUGACGCUGCCAUUGCAUCGCUGAACCCUUGGACCUACCAGCGCGGAGUCUCGUCGCCAUCGCAGCUCAUUGACCGGUUCCGCCGCGUCGCCGCCGAAGUCAGGAAAGCGUCUCUGCUGCCUGACGAUGCCGGUGUUGCCAGCCACGCCACCAGCUGGAUCCUGAGCCACGUCAUGUUCAAGAAGGAGGGGCUUGCCGAGGGCGACGAUGUGGAGAGCAUCUUGACGCGCACGCAAACCUACCUGGAGGAGGGUGAUUUGGAUUCAGCAGCACGAGAGAUGAACGGCCUGCAGGGAUGGGCCAAGACACUCAGCAAAGACUGGAUCGGCGAGGUUCGCAAGGUGCUGGAGGUGCAGCAAGCUCUUGACGUGAUUGCGACCGAGGCAAGACUCCAAAGCUUGAGGGUUGACUAA